AUGAGUGCUAUGAUGUUUGGUCAUGGUGACCUUGGAUUUAGAUCAAGAUUUGUAAUGAAUGGUUUCAGAAGAAUCGUUUGGAAACCUUUAAAUUGCAAUGCUGAUGCGGAAGUAAUUGAUACAUCUGGAGGAUGCGGUGCAAGUUUCGUAGUUGAGAUUGUAUCAGAAGAAUUUGAAGGCAAAAGACUACUGGAGAGGCAUCGAAUGGUGAAUGCUGCGUUGGAGGAGGAAAUGAAAGAGAUUCAUGCUCUCUCUGUCAAGAAAGCUGUCACCCCAGAGCAGUGGAAACAGCUGCAGCAAGACUCCAACCAAGCAAAUCCUGCUGCCUAGGAUCAUGUCUUUUCAGUUACAAUAAUAGGGUAUAAAU